CUGUCAAAAGAGAAUCACAAGACGGAGAGAUGUGUCUGUACUUAAAACUGUGUCUCUCUAUGCUUUUACAGACUAGACUUGGACUCCAGUCAUCUGACCAUAGGCCCACAAGAAUCUUUGCUUCAAUUGGAGACAGUGUGAGUUUACCAUGUGGUACAUCCUACAUCAAUUCCUGCUCCUCUGUUACCUGGAGUAUAGUGAAAGAUGGGUUUCCUAACCAAUUAGAACUAUCAGGCAAGGUGAAAACGGAUGGUCCAAACUCAGGAAGAGCCAGUCGACUGAAAGUGGGACAUGACUGCUCUCUACAUAUUCAACCUCUUGAAAUAGAUGAUGGAAGACUUUACACCUGUGAAGAUGGGGAUACCAGUUCAAGUGUUUCUCUUCAGCUUCUCAACAGCCUUGUCCCACAAUGCAACCAAAGUGAAAUAAAGCUGAAUUGGCUGAAUGAGGCCAAUACAGUGCUACAGGGAGAGAGAUUUCAAACCGAACGUUCAUCUGCUUGCCUCUCUACGCUGACCAUCCGAGGUGUCAGGAAGACAGACCAUCACAGGAAGUGGCGGUGUCAACUGAUUGAAGGAGAGGUUGUGAAGACGUCCCUCAGCUAUACCACAGAAAUUACAGGAGGUAUAGAGGAAGUGUUUGUCGCAGUGGGUGAGUCAGUAUCACUUCCCUGUGCCACCCACUCCUCUCUCGAGGUGGGCAGCAGAUUCCAGUGGACUCUGGGUCAAAGGUCACUGUCCAGUCUGUCUCGGUCAGGCGAUGUCUCAGCUGGAACUCAGGGUCACCUUCCUGCAUCUCACAUCAGCCAAGACGGGUCUUUGGUCAUCAGCAAUGUGAAAACACUGCAUUCUGGGCUCUACAACUGCUCGCAACAGAACAGAAUCUUACUACACACUCUGGAUGUAUCUGCAGAGCAUGCUACCACAGACGGAAACAAUCUCACCCUGACCUGCUCACUCACCUGUGUGGAAGAUUGUGGAGACUUCAAUUUAUCCUGGAUUCACAGUGGCCAAGAUGGGUUGCAGAGUGGCCCUAUAGGACAUAACAACACCCUCAUCUCCAAACUCUUCCUCCCUGACCGCCAGGGCACAGAGAAGAUAGCCUGCGCCGUGCUCAGAGAGGGGGUUGAAAUGGCUGUAAAGGAGUGGACCAUCCAGAGAGGUCGUGUUCUACCUGCAGUGGGAUGGUCAGUCCUUCUGCUACUGCUGCUCUGUGCUGUUGGAGGGGGCGUGUAUUGGAAGAGGCAGGGCAAGGGAAGUGCUGCUCAAGGAGAAGAACAGCAGACAACUGUUGCAAUGACUCAUCUCUAUGACGAGAUUCAAGAUCAACCAAUUCAACCUUCCGGAGUAACCAACAACAGUUUCUAUGAUCUUCUGCAGGCUGGGAACUGAGUGUAAUGUCAUGUCCUCUAUCUUUAGGCUGUUAGUUGAGUUUUAAAUCUAAUUUGACUACUUUGUACUUGGCAUUGUUUUGUGGUUUGGAUUUCCCUUUAUACGUGUCACCAUGACAUCAAGUCUAUGCAGGUUGUUUUUUAUGGUGGAAAUAAAUUCAUAAAAAGAAAAUAACCUCUAUAGAAUAUCACCAGUUACUACAGUUAAAAACCCCGACAUGAGUUGGUUACAGGAACACAUUCAGUAUGACUCCUCAGUGUGGGGGGUUGAUGGCUAAGUCAUCCCACCUCCUGUCUUGAACAUCACUCUGCUGACUUUCACAUCCCACAUGAAACCUGGUAGCUUCUCUUCAGCAGUGUAAAACUCUGUAGAUGUAUGGGACUGAGACAAGACACAUCCCACAUGAAACCUGGUACCUUCUCUUCAGCAGUGUAAAACUCUGUAGAUGUAUGGGACUGAGACAAGACACAUAACACAUGAGAGUGAACAGAUAAGUGUGUUUAUUUAAUACAGGAUGGCAGUGUGUGAGCAUUAGCAAUACAAGUAAAAACCCCAGAACAGCAUGUCUCUCUGUCUGGAACAGCUCCCAACUACACAUCAUUUGGUGUAGAAAAGCGUCAGCAAAAGUUGGUCCACCAUGGGGUCACAAAUAAAGGA